AUGAACAUCCCACUAUUCCCCCCCCCCCCCGUGGACAGAGAAGUGCUCCACGUCCCAGUGUCCCUGCUCCAUCGACCGUUUAACAACACGGCCGAUGCUGCGCUCUGCUUUCCAGCUCUAAAUACUCCCAGCUCUAUGUCUUGUUUGUGGCCCGCGUCAAAUCUUUUCUUCGGAUUUCCAACAUUCAAGCCAUCCGCAGCCAGAUUAGGCGUCGGCGCCAUGAGUUUCUAUACCGAGGUCAACCGAAUGAUGAUAGUCCCUGCCGCAGGCAGUGGACAGGACUCAUUUCUUCCCGAGGGCCAGCUUCGCCGUCUUGUAAAGAAUCGGCGCUUUGCUGAGUUCCUAGGGCUUAACGCUCCACAAGCUCUGAUCAACUUCGUCCACGACGAGGCUCCAAGAGUUUUCUUGGCCAUCUGGUCGACAUUUGAGGAGCCCGGGGUCUCGGACUUACUCCCCAUCAUGGAGAGACUCCAGAAAUGCAGGUUCACCGAUGAUAUGCUCCCCUUCGACAUCACUGACUACAAGUCGAAAUGCCGGGUCAGGGGCACCGCCAAGCAAUGUUACCAUCCUGAACCAUUGGAUGCAUUUCACGACACAGUAUGGAAUGAGCGCAAGCUCAAAAACUUCUGCACAGAACAGUGGGGUUUCAUUGUCCCCGUCUUCAAGAAGGGCGAUGCCAAACGAAGCCUACCUGCCCCCUCCAGGCUACCCUUCUUCCACCUUACAGAUGCGGGACGGGGUGCCUUCUCCGACGUGUUCAAGGCUGGGCUUCAUGUCGAUCAUCAGAAAUAUUUUGGAUUUGAACUUCCACCUGGCGCCAUCGUCGUGCCCGUUGCUGUGAAGAAGUUUAGAAACGACCCAGAGGCGAAAGUGAAUGCCCGAAACGCCUGGGAAGAGGAAGCGACAACAGUCGACAAGCUCGGAUCGAUCAGCCACAAGCACCUGAUCCAACGCAUGGCUGCCUUUAGCCGGGGCCAGGAGUACUACAUCAUGUUUGAGUGGGCCGACGGAGGCAACCUCGAACAGCUCUGGUUACGUGAGCCAACCGCCAAAGACCACAAGCUGACUGGGGACCGUAUCAUCACCGUCCUGGAGCAGCUGUACGGUCUGACAGAUGCGCUUUGCAGGCUACACGGCACCAAUACUCGCACACACACAGGUCUCAUCCAGCAGGCGGGAGCCCGCGCAAGAACCCUCGCCCCUCCUGUCAGGAGCGGCAUACCCGCCAUCGAGGUUGACGGUCUAGACGCUUCCGAGAGCCCUCCGGCCACUGAGAACUGGCGCCAUGGCGACUUGAAGCCUCAGAACAUCCUCAAGGUCGGCAACUCGACCUGGCUCGGAACCCUCAAGAUCGCCGACCUCGGACUGGCGAAGCAGCACCAGCUCUUCACCCAUCUCAGGGACAACCCGACCAACACCAAGUUUACAACGCAGCACUACGAGGCUCCCGAAGUAAUCAUCUCAAGCAACGUGCCCAGGUCACGACGGUACGACAUUUGGUCGAUGGGCUGCAUUAUCUUCGAGUUCGUCGUCUGGCUCCUGUACGGCAGAGACACGCUCCUGGCAUUCUACAAAGAAGCGGACCGUUUCAAGGACCAUUCAUUGGAGACGCUCUACUUUGUCGCCGACAGGCGUGGUGGCACCGCGAGAGUCGGCGAUGUCUUCUCACACUGGAUGAAUCACAUCCUGGACAACGACCCCGAAUGCAACAAAGCCAUCCCGACGGUGCUUGGAGACCUCCUCAGGCUGUUGAAGACCAGACUUUUGGUGGUUGACUUGCCAGGUCCAGGAAGAACGCAGGGUCGCUGCGAUUCCUCCAAAUUGAGGGAAGAACUAGGUAACAUCUUGGAGAAUGCCAGACACUCCCUUGAAAAGCGCACCAGCUACAUACUCGCAGAUCCGAUCCGAGCACGCAUAUUGCCUCCUCGUCCAUUUGGAAGCAGAGAAACGGCCAGGAGCGGUACCCAUUUGCUACCUAACGAAGGGCUUCCACUCGAGCACCGCCCCGUGCCGCUUCGAUCUAGAGCGCCAUCACCAGCACCGCUUCUAAACCCGCGGAACCUAAUGGGAGAGUGCGUCCUUCAGAAUGUACGUUUCGUCUCGCCAAACUCUUUCUUGAAGCCAAUGUUGACGCGGGGAAAUGUGAUUGACCCUCAGACUUUGAAUGACGUGUGGGAAUUCGUUGAAGACAACGCUUUCGCUGGCCAAAUCUUUAAUCGCCACCUACAGCUCGAGGGGAACCAUGCUGGAUCCUCCAGUGUCACCCCGGAGCAUGCCUCCAUUCUGUGCAAUCGUUGUCAACGACUGGACUUCUGGGUCGUUGGCUUUGCCAUACGCGACACUCUGUCCGCUUUGGAGGCCAAUUGGAACAUCUGCGAGCUUUGCCGCCUUCUUCACGACUCCUGGCGGCGUUUUGGCACCACGGAUUCCGUCGAGUUUCGUCGUAUCGGAUCCGUCCUCGCAAUACAGGGCUCAGAAGCACCAGCCCUGUCCAUUUACAGGACCACCUUGAACGGUAUUCAAAUUCCUCUCCCAGAUUAGCUU